AUGGAGUCAUCGUAAGAUACUGAUCAAUAUUACUAUCUAAUUGAUGAGUUAGAAAAAAUUACUCAAGGCACUAAUAUUCUUGCUGAACGAGCCUUAUUCGAAGGCGAUUUCAAAAACUUAAUGCUUCACAAAUUCGAUGUCAUGAUUUAGGAGCUAGGAAAAGCAAAAUUGGUAUAAGAUAGAUCAAAGAUUGAAGAGCUCAUGCCUGUUAUUUAUGAAGAAAAAAUAGCUAUGUAGACAGUUAGAGAUGUAUAUCGAAAAGUUAUUGAUUCAAAUAACCCUGAAAGGUUUGAAACAAGAGUUAUGGAAAGCAGAGAGUACAGCCAUACCCUAAAAGUUAAUUAUAAAAUCACAGAUUUUCUUAACAGCAUAUUUUUGCCUUUGGUCUCUUAAUUCUUCAUUGACUAGGUGCUGCAAGGUCUCUUAUCAUAAUUUGAUAGACUUUGUAUCGAAAUGCUGGCCAUUUUAUCUGAACCUGAGAUUGACUAUAGUUCAGGAAUUUUGAAAAUUCAAGAAAUCGCACCUGGUGUCAAAGAGGACUGUAUUAAAAGAAUUUUUUCAGAGGUUAACUAACUUAAGGAUAAUAGGAAAAACCAUGCUAUUUUUUAGAAGCUGUCAAGUUAUGAGAAAGAAAAUGUUAAAGAAAAUAGAUAGCUGGAGCCAGAUUUGAAGGUAGAUUUAAUAAGAAGAGAAACUAUUCAUGCUGAUAGGUCCAAAAUUCAAGCCAAUAUUAAGGAUUCAAAGAGAAGAACAGUGAUUUUUAAAAAUUAGGAGGCUAAAGCUUUUUAUCAAAUGUUCUUUAGUGACCGCAAAAAGAUUGAUGUUGAAGCCUAGGAUGUCUGGUACUAUUUCUGCCUCUAUUUCUAGUAAAGAACUGGUAGGACUAUCUCGGAAGAUUAAGAAAAUAAGCUAAAGUUCAUGGAAAGUUUGUCUGAGAAUUAAGAAGAAUGGAUAAAACUAAAGGAAUUGGACCAAUUUUUCUAGUAAUUCGUAAAAUUUGAGAUUGAUGAUAUCAGUAUUGAUGAGUUUAAAAUAAGUGGUUAGCCAAAACCAUAAGAGUAAGUAGUAUCAAAUGAAACAGAAAUAGCUGCAACUACAACUGUAGUAAAUUAUACAUUAAAAUACAGAAGAGAGUUUAAACCUAUGAAAAAUUACAGCGUCAAAGUAGUUGUUGAGGAUGAUUUUGAUGAAAAUAGAGAAGAUUACAUUCAGCUGUAGAAAACUGUUGGCAUUAUGAAAAGAGGCUACAAAAAGAACUUCUAAGUAGCUACAUCAACAACAGUUAGGUUUGGAAAGGACACCACUUGUAACCAUUAUAUUCCUCUUGGCGAAGAGAUUGACCCAUUUUGUUUCAAUAUUUGCAAUAGGAAUGGUGUGCUCUUUAUCUAGGAUGUAAGUGACGAGAAAGUUCAAACUAAGAUUUAAGUGAACAGCACUCACCAAUUCAGAUUAAAUCAAGGAGACUACUAUGACAUUGGAUUAGCUUAAAUCAUUCAUAUCAGGAGAGCUACUUCAAAAGUAGGACUUAAGCCUUCCAAUGACAGAUUUAUCAAUAUAAGAUAUGUACCUCAAAGCAUCUCAUCAGAACUCCAAAAUUACAUAACUGGAGAUUUCCAUCUUAGUGAUAACCCAGAAUUAGAAAUAGAAUAUGAAACCACUGAUCAUUAGAAGAAAUAUCAUAGAUUCACUCCAUAAGAUGGAAAGAUAAUGAUUGGAAGAGAUGCGUCAGCCAAUAUCAGAAUUGAAGAAAAAUUGAGAAGUGUGAGUAAACUUCACUGUUACAUCGAGUAUAAUGAAGAACUUGGCUGGAUAUUAACGGAUCCAAGAUCUACAUGCAAAACCUGGGCUCAUCUAAAGACUUACAAUCAGUCUAGAAACACUUCUUUAAACUCGUAUCCAGUUUUGAUGUACCAGGACAUGUACGUCAAGGUACUUACCUUCCUCUUUAGAUUUACCUUUGAGGAAUGUCAAUGA